AUGGCUACUAGUACCACUGGAUCUUCUUCUACGUCGAGUUCCACUUCGACAUCGACAUCCACUUCGAAAAGUUCAAAAUGUACUGGUUCAAGCCAGCAUUGUGAAAAGCCAUCUGAUUCGACUAAUACUACUGCAGUGGUAGUAGCGGUCGUAGUUCCGGUAGUAGUGGUUGGACUGGUAUUGAUAUUCAUUUUGUACAAAGUAUACAAGAGAAACAAGAAGGAAGAACUGGAGGACAAUGAUCCAGACUUUGAUGGUGACGCGGAAUUCUUACCGGAUUUUGGACAAGAGUUUGAGAUGGAACGCAACGUCGAUCCUUCUGGGAUGAGAAUACCCUCAUCAGCUACUCGUGCAUUUUCGGUACAACCAAAUCCUUUCAACGAUGAGACCAAAUCGUUCGCUUAUUCUCAGAGCGCAACAAAUCCAUUCCAACUGCCAACUGUGACCGAUGAUUCCGAAACGUUAAGGAAUUUUGCCAAGACUUUCCAGAAUAGUGAUUUUGAUGGGUACAAACUUGCGACGCGUUCUGCUUCUCAAAUAUCUAUCUCGAGACCCACGUCAGCGGCAGGUGGGUCUGUCCCUAAUAAUGGGAACAUUCAACUGUCGAAUUUGUCAAAGUUCUCCACAGUUUCGAAUGGUAAUAACUCUAACGGUGAUGAUAAGAUUUUGAAGUACAGUGAAAUUGUACAGGAUUCCGGUAGUCCUGCAGACGAGGACGAUGACGAUGACGAAGAGGACUCAAAGGAUAGCGACCUAUACAGUGAGCCUAGCCCUGUUAAAUAUUCCAGAGGAAACGUAACACAAUCUUAUAUUCAUCAAGACCAAGAAGGGUUCCAACCAGAAGUUUCAAUGCAGGAGUCCGAACGCACAUCAGAGGGAAUUCAAUUACAGAAAAAGCCGUUCUUGGAAAAUGAAGAUGAUGUCUACAUUCAACGUGAUGAAGAAGACUCCGAUGAAGAUGUGGCUAGAAUGAAAUCGAUAUAUCAGGUUUAUUUGGAUAGAAACGGUACUGUGAAAACCAUUAGAGAAGGAAAUCCGGUGCCCGAAGGGUUCCAACCGGUUGCAGAGUUACCGAAGGAUGCAUCAAACAUAAUUACUGAGAGCUCCAACUCCAAUGAGCCUACGAAUCCAUCCAAUAUACCUGAAAAUUAUCAAGCCCAACCGCAACAUGAGUAUUACCAGAAUGGCUAUUCUCUUCAGCCGGAAGCCCCACAGUACCCAGAGGAAAAUUAUGGUAGAGGUACUCAAGCUGAUGGCAAUACCCAAUCACAAGAUACAGCAGCGUUUGAAAAUCCUAACUCGAACGCACCAAACCAAUAUUCAGACCCUGCGCCAAGGGUAGCGUCAUCAAUUUAUGACACCCAGUCUCAGUAUCAUAAUGACCAUCAACAAAAUCAAUACUACUACAAUCAUCAGUAUUACGGACAGAAUCAGUACGAUGGAAGUUUCCCAACAUAUCACAACCAAAUACAGCAUAAUCUCCCCCCUCCUAAUAUGGAAAGCAUCGAAGAGCUCCCACGACCAUCUAAUUUACCAUUUAGCGGUUCCUCUCAUUCGUUAACGUCAUUUAAAUCAAAAACCACCCUUAAGUCACCAGCAGCAGCAGCUAUGACACCACAAAAUAACCAUAACUACAAUCCAAUCGACCAUCCAGAACUUUAUUUCCACCAAACAAACGGAUCAGAUUUGGGAUUAUCCUCAGAUCAAGCCUCCAGCAAUACAACACCAUCACAAAUUAACUCUGCAGGAAGCAAGGUAUUACCUCAUCAUUUGAGACAAUCCGUGGUGAUGACAAAUCCAAACGAGUUGUCUCAAAAUAACCUUUUCAAGCCAGCUGGAUCAUUCUCUCGUGCUGUAGCGGAUUCAAGAUCCAACAGUUUGAUGUCAAAUACUAACACUUAUCAACAACAGUUACAAGACACUUAUAUUAAAUCGAGAGUAAGCGGUAUUCUUGACGACACCGACGUUAUGCAUCCACCAAGCAUGGGGACUAUUCUACCGCACUCCGGAUCGCAAGAAGAUCUAAGAAAGCAGUUGGGCUCAUCACACAAUUACAAUGUCAUGUAA